AUGAUCACCGAAAACCACCCCUUCUCUGCACUUUCGCGCCAACUUGAACAACUUCUGUGGGCGUCGAUCAUCAUCUCAACCGCCGUUGCAGCCAUUUCGCUGGUCAACCUCGGCCGUCUGUCGCUCUUCAUGGCCCCCGUGUUGUUCAUGGCCACUACCCUCCACCACGGCAUCCUCCUUGGCCUCCAUCACCGCGACAGAAAAAAGUCGGCUGAAGAGCUGAAAGGCACGCUCGCACCGACAGCGCACAAGGCCAGCAUCAUCUUCUGCUGGAUUCUGGUCGUAUUCUGGAUCAUCUGCGUCCUUGCCGUCGUCAUCGUAUCAGUCCUCAUCAUGGCGAAUAACCAAUUCGAAGGAUGGGAGAGGCUCGCGGGGUACAUUGAGAUUCCGAUGGAGGUCGCGGAGAUUGUCCUGUUGAUUGUCAUUGCGGUCAAGUGCAGGACACAGAGAAGAAGCACGAUGAUUGAGCCGGCGCAUGUGGAUUGGGAGAAUUACGGGACGACGAAUACGGCCGUUUAG